AUGGACGAAAUGAACAAAGUCAACAAGCGGGUGGUUGAUCACUCAUAUUACCAGACUCAUCCGACAAUGUCUCAAGUAGAUCUUGCGUCGCUCGUUGACUUUAACAAGCGCUCGUUCUGGGUCUCGGUAGGAACGAUUCUAUGGAACCCUCUGUUCUGGAAUUGCGUAGCGCAGAAUGAAUACCACAACAAGACAAUUACAAAAACAUUACGUGGAAAUAGAUACCUCGGUUGCUACCUGUUGGCUAUAACCAUCUUCUCCCUGGGAAUGUUCCGAGACGCAAUGUACCAUAACGCUCUCAAAGAACAACCGGCAAGUGACCUCAUCAAUCCGGCUAUUGCGAAACCUCUCGCAGCUGUACUUUUCGUAGUGGGCCAGACAUUCGUCUUGACUUCUACAUGGGCCUUGGGGAUAACUGGAACUUUCUUGGGCGAUUACUUUGGAAUCCUAAUGUCUGAACGCGUCACUGGGUUCCCCUUCAAUGUUGUGGAGAACCCGAUGUACGUUGGGAGCACCAUGUGCUUCGCUGCUACUGCCUUGUGGUACUCGUCUCCUGCUGGGCUCCUCCUAACGUUGUUGGUGCACAUUGUGUAUUCCAUCGCACUUCGCUAUGAGGGUCCUUUCACAACCAUGAUCUACUCUCGAGCUGCGAAGCAGUCCAAGGCACAGUAA